CAACUGUUUGACGUUGGACGUUUACCAUCAUCCAAUGGAAGCAACAUUGUAAUAAUGGUGUUUUGCCACUGGGAUAAGUGUGGAUCAGACUGGCACACCUGCUACUGCUGCUUGAAUCAAAAGCCGGCGAUGGAUUGUUAUGACACAAAGGAUGAAUGCAUGGCCAAAUGCCCCCAUUGCAACCCUGAAUGCCCGCCGCAGCCGAAAUUCAUCAGUUUCGACCCCCAAUAAUUAGCUGAUCUCACAACAGCCAUGACGUGCGUAUACUUCUAGCUAGUGUCUGAUAAUGAAGGGUCAUCAUCACCUCCACUCCUUAGCUUCAAUUGUGCUCUGCAAUGCUAAUCGAGAGAAGUCGAAGGGUUGUUCUGGUGAACUCCAUUAGUCACCCAAUGCAAUUAUUCUCCAUAUGUCUGUGCCAUCAAGAUCAUCAAUUUAUUGUGACGAGGAGAGGAGAGCAGAGCCGAGCCUGAUACUGGUGGCGCCGCCGCCGGCCAAGCUUCCACCGGCCACACCACACAGGGGAACGCGUGGUGGCCGGCGAGACGACGCAUUGAUCGGUUGAGAUCUCUCCAUGCUUGGCAAACACACGAAUGUGAUCUGAAGCAAUCACACCUGAUCGCAGUAUAUAUUGAGCACACACUACUCUAGUGGCAGUGCAGUAGUAGUUAAUAACUUGAUUCCGAAGCAGGAAGGCCAUGGCGUCCACGGCGGCGGUCGCCGCCGGCCAGGUCCUGGACGGCUCGAACCCGGCGGUGGCCCGCGUGCGGCAGCUCAUCGGUGGCCCGGAAUAUUCUCCAGAUGGGUGGAGCCGGUGCUGGGAGGAAGGCGUCACGCCGUGGGACCUGGGCCAGCCCACGCCGGCCGUCGUCGAGCUCGCCAAGUCCGGGACGCUGCCCGGCGACGCCGCCACCGUCCUCGUCCCGGGAUGCGGCGCGGGGUACGACGUGGUGGCGCUCUCCGGCCCCGGCCGCUUCGUGGUCGGCCUCGACAUCUGCGAGACCGCCGUAGCAAAGGCCAAGCAGUGGUCGGCGGCGGCCGACGACGGGAGCUUGUUCGCCUUCGUCGCGGCGGACUUCUUCACCUGGGAGCCGCCGGAGCUGUUCGACCUCAUCUUCGACUACACAUUCUUCUGUGCUUUCCACCCGUCCAUGAGGCCAGCAUGGGCGAAGCGAGUGGCCGACCUGCUCAAGCCCAAUGGCGAACUCAUUACCCUCAUGUACCUGGCUCAAGGUCAGGAGGCUGGGCCGCCAUUCAACACAACAGUGCUCGAUUACGAGGAGGUGCUCAAGCCCCUGGGUUUCGUGAUCACUUGCAUCCAAGACAACGAUGUGGCAGUUAAACCACGAAAGGGAAAGGAGAAAAUCGCAAGGUGGAAGAGAAUGGCAAACCCAAAUCACACCGCAUAAUCCUGCAAUGUAAAACUAUCGACAAGAAUCCAGCCCGCAAUAAUAAUAUGAAUUCUGCACUGGUGAAGUAAAAAACGUAUGCUCAUUACAUGGAAGACUCCAAGCUCGUUCUUGUGUGAAACAAUUGGUAAAAUUGUUUGUGAUCGUGUUUGUGGACAUAUCAUAUUUGUAUUAUGCAAAAACAGUAAGUUGCUGCUCCUCUUGAAUAAACAAAGAAACCAUUUUUCCUGUAUA